GUUUCCCGCGCGCGGGAACGGGCGGGCAGGCGGCGCGCGGCAGUGACGUCACGGGAGCGCCGCGAUGGCGGCGCCGAAGGUGAAGCAGGACAUGGCCCCGCCGGGCGGGUACGGCCCCAUCGACUACAAGCGGCACCUCCCGCGCCGCGGCCUCUCAGGGUACAGCCUGUUCGCGCUCGGCAUCGGGAGCCUCCUGCUCGGCUACUACACCCUCGUCAAGUGGAACCGCGAGCGCAGGCGGCUGCUGAUCGAGGAGCUGGAGGCUCGCAUCGCGCUGAUGCCGCUGCUGCAGGCGGAGUCCGACCGCAGGAUGCUGCGGAUGCUGCGGGAGAACCUGGAGGAGGAGGCCAAGAUCAUGCGGGACGUGCCGGGCUGGAAGGUGGGCGAGUCGCGGUUCCACACGGAGCGCUGGGUGCCCCCCACGCUGGAGGAGCUCUACUUCCUGCGGCCCCCGGCCGAGCUGGACCGCGAGAAGUUCGGCCUGCAGAACUACGUCUGAGACCCCAAACCCGACCCCAAACCCGACCCCAACCCUAAACCCAAACCCUAAACCCAAACCCGACCCCAAACCCGGCCCUGACCCCAAACCCGGCCCUGACCCCAAAGCUGCCUCUCCCGGCCUCUCCCGGCUCCUUUCCGGAGCUUUCCCCUUUUCCUGUCCCUCUCCGGGCUGUUUGCCCCCUGCCGAGCUUCUUCUGACGCCUGCUCAUUAAUAAUUAAUAAAUGAAUAAUUAAUAAAUAAA